UCAGAAUCUCCUCAUACUUCGCACUUAUAAUAUACCCCGAUAUUCCCGAUUCCUCCAUUUUUAGCCCAAAAUCCUCCCUCUCCCUCUCUCUCUCUCUAUAUAAACACCCUUCCGAAGAGAAACCGAGUCAUUCAACUCAGACUUCAGAUUCAGAAUCUCAAGUUUUUUUCCUCUGAAGUUUCAGAUUUAUCACGAAAAUGUCUCUCCUUUCUGAUUUGAUCAAUCUCAACCUCUCCGACUCCACGGAGAAGGUGAUCGCCGAGUACAUAUGGAUCGGUGGAUCAGGACUGGACAUGAGGAGUAAAGCAAGGACUUUGCCGGGACCGGUGACGGACCCGUCGGAGCUGCCGAAAUGGAACUACGACGGUUCGAGUACCGGCCAAGCUCCCGGCAACGACAGUGAAGUCAUCCUCUAUCCUCAAGCUAUUUUCAGAGACCCCUUCAGGAGAGGCAACAACAUCCUUGUGAUGUGUGAUGCGUACACGCCGGCCGGAGAGCCGAUCCCGACAAACAACAGACACGCGGCGGCGAAAAUCUUCAGCCACUCUGAUGUCGUCGCGGAAGAGCCUUGGUAUGGAAUCGAACAAGAGUACACGUUGUUGCAGAAGGACAUUAAGUGGCCGGUUGGUUGGCCCGUCGGUGGCUUCCCUGGUCCUCAGGGCCCAUACUACUGUGGAGUCGGUGCGGACAAAGCCUUUGGAAGAGACAUUGUAGAUUCUCACUACAAGGCCUGUCUUUACGCCGGCAUCAGCGUCAGUGGCAUCAAUGGCGAAGUCAUGCCCGGACAGUGGGAGUACCAAGUCGGCCCUGUUGUUGGCAUCUCAGCCGGAGAUCAGCUCUGGGUUUCCCGUUACAUCCUCGAGAGGAUCACAGAGAUUGCUGGAGUUAUUCUGUCUUUCGACCCCAAGCCGAUUAAGGGUGAUUGGAACGGUGCCGGGGCACACACCAACUACAGUACGAAAUCAAUGAGAAACGAAGGAGGGAUGGAGAUUAUAAAGAAAGCGAUAGAGAAGCUCGGGUUGCGUCACAAGGAACACAUCUCGGCUUACGGAGAGGGCAAUGAACGACGUCUCACCGGAAAGCACGAGACUGCUGAUAUCAACACCUUCUUAUGGGGCGUAGCGAAUAGAGGAGCGUCGAUAAGGGUGGGUCGGGACACGGAGAAGGAAGGGAAAGGGUAUUUCGAGGACCGGAGGCCGGCUUCCAACAUGGAUCCUUACAUUGUCACCUCCAUGAUUGCAGAGACUACCAUUCUCUGGAAACCAUGAAGAUGAUGAUGAUGAUGAUGAUGAUGAUGGGCAAACAUUACAAAUUCCAGAACUGAUAUCAGUUUCAUUGUUCCUUGUCUCGUCUUUGUGUCCCUCUUUUUUUUUUUCUUUUUUUUUUAGUUUGAAAGAAAGAUUCUCGAUAUUUUUCUUUCUUCCAUGAAUCCCUUUUGUAUUAUAUUCACGAAGUUUGUCCAGAGCCGUUUGAUAAC